AUUCGAUCUUCUUUGGGCCGGAUGGAUAACAAUCUAACGGUCAAGAAUGCGCGACACAUUUUAAUUUAACACCCUUUGAUCCAAUUGGAUUUAUCAAACUUCUCUCAUAAAUUCUUUUGUUCUUAGAACUCUCUCAUCAUUCAUUCAUUCUCUGAUCAAAUUUGUGUGAUAGGUACAGAUGGAGGUGAUGGUUAACCGUGAUUUGCUAACAUGCGCCUCCCAUUCACGCCCGCAUCUCCUUUCCGCCUUCUCCACGCGCCGCCGCGGCUCUGGCUGUGCCCCUCAGAACCUAAUCGGAUCAAAAGUGCACAUGGAUGAAACCAAAUGCAAGGGGGUAGAUGACCAACCCCACGAAGGUGAGGACUGGUUUGAUGCAUGCAUUGAUGGCAAGGAAGGAGAAACUCCAAAAAACAACCCCAGUGAGAAUGAAAAAGACACCCCUGGAGGGACAAGAGGAGGAGAGAGUGAUAGUGAUGGUCAAGGUAAUAGCAAAGAACAUGGAGAAGGUAAAGAAGACGAUGAUGAUGGAAACAACGAAGGUCACACUCAUAACAACAAUGAUGACAAAGACGAUGAUGAAGACAGCGAUGAAUACUUAAACAAUGAUAGUGAAGAUGAGGAGGAAGAAGAUGUUGAUGAUAAGGAUGAAGAUGAGGAUGAAGUUGUGUACCAAAAUAAUCAAGAUGGUCAAGACCCUGAAACAGAGAAAGAGGAUGAUGAAGAUGAAGAAGCUCCCCAGCCUCCAAAGAAGAGGAAAGUGUGAAGCAAGACCCCUCUGACUUCAAUUUACUUGCUAAUUAUAAUUUAUAACGUGCAAGAUCAUUAUGAAUUUCUAAUAGAUGUCCAAGUUUCGAUAUUUCAUUUCAUUUAAAAGGCUUUGAUUGGUUAGCCAAUUGAGCAAACAAUCGCAUGUCAGCAUAAUUCAUUGCACAACCUUUAAAAACUCC